AAUGAAAAGUUCAAAACAGAGCCUCUGAGUGCAGAGUCGGGAGCUCUGGGAGGGCCGAGUCUGCCUUGCAACCGCUGCGGGUACGUCGCGGGGUACAGCCUACGUGUAUCCGUGCCACGUCGCGGGAGGCUGGCAGCUGAGCCCCCCAGGAACCGCUCCCAGGAGCCCCCAAAGUAGCCACUAACUUUGAGCAAAGUUUGUAGCGCCUCUCCCCGCCCGCACGCUGCGUGCCGGGGCCCGUAGAGGGCCGCGGUGGCCCACGGGGAUGCGCCCUUCAGGCUGUUACGGACUCCCUAAGGCGUCCCCUGCGCUGCUGAUGCUGCUACCGCUUCUGGUACCGCUACUGGGGGCGCCGCGCGGCGUGGGCGCGGGGGUGGGCUCGCCCGCGGAGCUGCGGGUCCGCGUGCGGCUGCUUGACGGCCAGGUGACAGAGGAGAGCCUGCAGGCGGACAGCGACAACGACAGCAUCAGCCUCGAGCUGCGCAAGCCCGACGGCACCCUCGUCUCCUUCAUUGCCGACUUCAAGAAGUAUGUGAAGAUCUUCCGGGCCCUGAUCCUGGGGGAGCUGGAGAAAGGUCAGAGUCAGUUCCAGGCCCUCUGCUUUGUCACCCGGCUGCACCACAAUGAGAUCAUCCCCAGUGAGGCCAUGGCCAAACUUCGACAGAAAAAUCCACGUGCUGUGCGUCAGGCUGAGGAGGUGCGGGGCCUCGAGCACCUGCACAUGGACAUCGCCGUAAACUUCAGUCAGAGGGGCCUGCUGAGUCCCCAUCUCCGCAAUGUGUGUGCAGAGGCCAUGGAUGCCAUCUACACCCGCCAGGAGGAUGUCAAGUUCUGGCUGGAGCAAGGUGUGGACAGCUCCAUCUUCAAGACUCUGCCCAAGGACACAGAGCAGGCUUUGCUACCUCGCUGCAGGCUUCACUGGGGCAGGUGGGACCUCCCAGCUCUGAGACAGACACACCUGUGCCUUUCCCCAGACCCAGGUUUGGCCACAAGAGCAGGUACCACCUUUCCCCUUCUAAACAGAAAUAUGUUUGUAGGGUUCUGGGGCAUGGAGGGAGCAUGAAGUAUGAGGAAAACUUGAAUUUAAGAUUUUUAAUGCAAAGUAUUUAUCAUUUCUACCAGAAAUAAAAGUUUCAAUUUUUACUUGACUCACUUUGGGCCAAUACAGUACUGCCACCUGUUGUCAGGAAAAGUUCUGUACUCUAUCAGUGACCAAUCUUGGGAUACUUUCUAAAGCACCUAUUGUAUGUUCAGCCACUCGGUGGUAGGGAGAGGGUGUGGGUAGAAGGAUGUUACUAGGGAAGGAUAAGACAAACCUUCUGUGCUGAAGAAGAGGAGACAUACACAGAUGAGCAAGACAGACAGUAGUAGACAGCAUGGGAUAUAUUAAGUCAAGAGAUAAGAUGAAAACUUCAGAACCAGACUUCCAGGGUUCAAAUCCUGGCCUCACUUAUUUGCUCUGCAGCCUUGGGUCAAGUUACUUUAUCUCUCUGCCUCAGCUCUCUCAGCUAUAAAAUGAGCUUAAUUGUGAGACAAGUGAGUUCAUACAUUUCAAGUGCCCAGCACAUAGUGUUUAUUGUGUUAGCUAUUUUUAUAUCAUUACUAUUAGAAGAGCAGACAUUUCCUCAUGUAUAACCUGAUACAACCAAGGCAGAUAUCUUGAAGGCAUCUACACUUCCAAAGUAUCUUCCGAUAUAAGGAGGCUGUAAUAUGAAGUAUGGGCCAGAUGCUGGAAGACUUCCAAGAAUAAGGGAUGUACAAGCUGAACUUACUGCAGAAAAGUUUUCUGGAUGAGAGGAGGUAUGGUUUGAGGCUGAAGGAUGGUAAGAAUUUGGCAAGGUAGGGGGGCUAGGCUUCAGGGGCCAGAAAAGUCCCAGAGGUCCCACAGAUCACCCAACUCCUUAGGAAAGAAGGGACCAGGAGAAUCAAAUUCUUCCUCAGAGCCCUUGGAGAGGGAAAGAGGCUUACAGGGUAGUCCCCCUUACUUUGCUCCCCAGCACUUUCAGAACAGUCUGCUGCUGCCCCUUGAACCUGUGCAGGCCAGAGGGUUGUGGUGAGAGCCAGGCUUACCUGGCCACGAUCAGAGUUAUGGGUCGGUGGGGAGACAAGGACCAACUUCGGCCAUGUAGGAGAUGGAGGGGCAGGGGAGCAAGGCGUUCCUCUCCAGGCCUUUUCCUCCUUGCCCUCCUGGAUAAUAUGGGGCAUCAGCUCUAAGCUCUCAUCCCUCCAGGUGAGGGAGGUGAUUACUUGGAGAAGGCACGUACUUCCCUAUGUGUCUGCGUUUAGUGCUAGAGAUGGGGUCCCCACAUCAUAUACCUUCCCUACACACUUUCAACUAACCAAAAACAAUACUUUUGUAAAAAGUAAUGUUUUCAAGACAUAAGAGUGCUUUUCUGAUCUUCCUUUGGAAGGACUAGUGCCUUCAAGGUUGCCUGUCCCCUGCAGUAAGGGGGGCUUUUUGGCACCUCCCUGCCUGCGGUCUCAAGGUAUGGGGAUGAGAAUUAAGAUUUCCUGAGAAUUGGUGCUGAUCCUGCACACAGGCAAAGUCUACACCUGCUGUCAUUCCAAAUAAACCUAACCUCCAACCUUGUGCUGUCAUGGUGCCUCCAAUUCCACCAUACAGUCACUUCUCAGCUGACAAGUUUCGGGUGCAUCAAAAUCCCUCGGGAGCUUGUUGAAUCGAUAGAGGUGGUCAGCUAUUUGCAAACACUGAGACAAUGCUUUAC